AUGCAAACCCGAAGCACGGGCCGAAACUGCGUCCCGCCCCCCAGGAUCGAAACUGGGCAAGAACACGUGCUGCUGAGUGCCUACCACGCGGCCAGCACGUUGGAUGCUUCCCCCGUGUCCAUCCUUCCCAGCAACCAAUUCAGAGCCUGGGGCACCCCACCCCGCCCAGCUCCGCAGCACAGCCUGCCCCGAGCCUGCGCCCGCAGACUUCCCAAGGAGGCAGUGGGCAUCGGACCCCCGCAGGGACGCUCCUUCAGCUCAAGAGAGCUGAGUGUGAUGGACCGACACUGCUGUCCCCGCAUUCCUUGCCGGAGCCCCAGUCCCCGGUGCGCGGGGGUGGGGGUGCGGGUGGGCCUCCGGGAGGCGGUCAGCUGGGUGCCAACGACGCGGGCCACCCAGGGGCAGCAGGAGCUCCCGGCGCCCGCCCUGGGCCGGGCCCUCCUCUUCCAGCGGGGAGAUGGCAGUCUGCCGGACCUGAGAGGGGGUGGCAUGCUGCGAACAGCAACUGCGCCCCGGAGAAGGGGCCAGCCUGCAAAUGCAGCGGGCUGCCCGGGGGGCGGCCUUGGUGAGAGGAGGCUGAUGGUACGAAGGCCUGAAGCAGUGACCGGGCAGCUGUCCACAUCGGAGGUGGGGUCCAGUUUCCCCUCUGUGAACCGGUGCGGCUCCCAAGAUUUGUUCUGGCCUCGGGCCAGCAGAUGCGCUGCAAAGGACACUGAGCCCGUGCCAGGCCCGGGCCUUGAGCGGCCCACCCUCCUGGGAUCCUGUCACACAUGUGCAGAAGCCCAGCGAGCUUCCGGGAAGAAUGAAAGGCACACAGCCCCAUCACCGUCGCCCCCGGUGGCCUCAGCUAGCAGCCGGCUGGCCACUGACCCCCAGCCGCAGAUGGGCCCCCUGCCCUGCUCGACCACACCCGCUUGCGGGAGCCCAGGCCGUGAGCUCCUCGGCUAG